UGUAUCCAGCAGGACAGCCAAGGACUAAGAUGCAAUACCAGACUUGUGCAAUUUACAGAUUCAUUUUAUGAGUGUUUGGCAAAGAAACAUCUCAAAUAAUCGACUUUAUUGCAUUUCAAAGAGGGAGGGCUGGAUGUAAAGGAAAGCUAAUGGACUUCACAACGAUUGCACUCCUUCCCCUUCUUUUUGGCAGUGUGGGCCUGUUUCUGUUGUACAAGCUACUGCAGAGGUUGCAGGAGAAGGCCUAUGUCCAGGAUGCUGUGGUGGUGAUUACAGGGGCAAGUUCCGGAUUAGGAAAAGAAUGUGCUAAAUUGUUCCAUGUGGCUGGGGCACGGCUUAUCCUCUGUGGCAGAGACAAAGAAAAGCUACAAUCAGUGGUAAAAGAUCUAGCAAGAUUAAAUGACAAGAAAACAAAGACAUACACCCCUCACAUUGUGUGUUUUGACCUUUCUGACCUUGAGGCAGUCGCAAGCAGUGCCAAAGAGAUCCUUAACUGCCAUGGAUAUGUGGACAUACUCAUUAAUAACGCUGGCAUUAGCUAUAGAGGUUCAAUUCUGGAUACUUCUGUGGAUGUGGACAGAGAGGUGAUGAAUACGAACUACUUUGGACCAGUGGCAUUAACGAAAGAACUGCUGCCAUCCAUGGUCCACAGGAAGAAAGGACAUAUUGCUGUCAUUAGCAGUGUUCAGGGGAAAAUAGCCAUUCCUUUUAGAUCUGCAUAUGCAGCCUCCAAGCAUGCCACUCAAGCUUUCUUUGACUGUUUACGAGCAGAAGUGGAACAGCAUGGAGUUGAAGUGACAGUUGUUAGUCCUGGCUACAUAAGAACAAAUCUUUCAGUGAAUGCUGUAACUGAGGAUGGAUCCAAAUAUGGAGUUAUGGAUAAGACUACAGCAGAAGGCAGAGAUCCUGCAGAUGUUGCUUUGGUUGUACUCAGGGCAGUAGGACAAAAGAAAAAAGAAGUCCUCCUGGCUGGGUUAAUGCCAACUCUGGCAGUGUACUUCAGAACAUUGACUCCCCAAAUCUUCUUCAAUGUCAUGGCUGCUCGGGCAAGAAAAGAGAGAAAACUGAAGAACUCUUAAAAAGAUUACAUGGUUACCACAAAUGAUAAGGUUCAUAAUGUUGUGUUUAUUUCUAAUUGUUAACCUAUGACUCCGUGAAUUCUACUUGUUUUCACCUGAUAAUGUCCAACCAAUGUUUCUUAUUUCCCAAAUAUUGUGGGUGAAUUCUUGAUUAGGGAGUUUAAUCAGAAAUAAAGUUAUUUAUAUGAACUGUAUUAUAAACUUGUUAUCGUCUGAACUGUUAUUCAAACACACCACCACUGCUGAGUUUUAAGACAGUUGCAAGGCUCUGGACUACCAUGUAUGUAUCCUGAGUUUAUGACAUCACAGCAGUCUGGUAUUGCAGGAAAUGUAUGGAUGAUUUAAUCACAAGAUAUGUAGCUGACGCAGUGAAAUCUUGUAGUCAACUUGAAGUUCCAUGCAUAUACAUAGCAACAAAAGGUGAAGUGUCCUAAAACUGAUUGUUUUUAUUAUACUGUUUAAAAAAAAUCAGUGUUCUGGCAGUGCCGUUUUGUUUUUGUUUUUAAAGGAUGCUGAUGAGUCCAGCCAGAAAUGACAUGCUAAACUUCUGAAUAAUUUGCAGGGAAUUUGAUGACUGUCUUGAAUGUUUUGCUUUCUAACAUUGUUUUUCAAUUACUGGGCUUCUCAGUUGCCCGGGUUGAAUUGCUUUUAAAUAUAACUAUUUUUCUGAAGAUAUAAAUGAAAUUAUAAGGUUGUAAGUCUGGUAAGUAGUUGUAUGUCUGUGUGAGAGGGGUAAAAAUGAAAACCUAAAUGCAUAUGGUUUGUAAAAUUCACCAGAACUCAGUGCUGGAAUUCCACAGUUGUUUCGAUAUUUAACCAAUUUUAUUUUGUAUAAAAAUGUGGUAUGCUAAUGAUAGGGUUUAAAAUUGUCAAGCUGUGUGAGAGGAAUGUGACUAAAGGCUUUGUUUACCUCUGAUUUUUUUCUUUAGCUAGAACACCACAGUUUGGGUGACACAAUACAUUCUAAAAUUAAUUUGUGGUUCUUACUUAACGACUGAGAAUUGUUUUACUUUUUUGAAAUAUAUAAAUGUGUAUUGUAUCUGCUUCAUUUGCCAGCAUACUGAAUAAAAGUGAUUUAUUACAUAAA